CACGCAGUCCAAGCCCAGUCUGUGUGGAGACGUCAAAGAAGCUUUUGGGAUAUUUGAAGCGGCUCACCUGUCGUUCCCUGGCUAAACUUGCUCCCUGUGGUCCUUAACCUCACAACAGAGACGCCCUGACCAAUCGUCCAAGAAGAACCGACGAGCGAGCGUGAGAGUGGGUGACCUUCCUUGCGAGCCUCCUCUCCCGGGCUCACCUCUCCUCGGGGGGCGGCUUAUUCGAAGCUCCCGGCAGCGGCGGGCGGCGGAGUCGACAUGACCGAGCUGCGGCGACGAGGGGGCGGCGGGGAGGACCCGGACAGCACCGACAACCUGAGCGAUAAGGAGGCCGAAGGCGAGGAUGACAGGCUGGUGGGCAUGCAGGGCGACAUGGAGGGCGAGUGCGACGUGGACACCAAAGCGGACGCCGUGGAUGUGCCUGCGUCCACGGCAGACACAGACAACACGCCACAGUGUCUCAACAAGGCUCUGGAGGGACUGGCGCCGAGAUGGAAGAACUACUGGAUCCGCGGAGUUUUGUCUCUCGCCAUGAUUUCCUUCUUCUUCCUCAUCAUCUACCUGGGACCAAUUGCUCUCAUCUUGAUUGUGAUGACGGUGCAAAUCAAGUGUUUCCAGGAAAUCAUUACAAUCGGCUACAAGGUCUAUCGCUCGUAUGACCUGCCCUGGUUCAGGACACUCAGCUGGUACUUCCUGGUGUGCGUCAACUACUUCUUCUAUGGCGAGACGCUGGCCGAGUACUUUGGCGCGCUGGUGCAGAGAGAGGAGCCCCUGCAGUUCCUGUCUCGUUACCAUAGGUUUAUCUCCUUUGCCUUGUACCUGGCAGGUUUCUGCAUGUUUGUGCUGAGUUUAGUGAAGAAACAUUACCGCCUGCAGUUUUACAUGUUUGCGUGGACCCAUGUGACGCUGUUGAUUGUGGUGACUCAGUCGCACCUAGUCAUUCAGAAUCUGUUUGAAGGAAUGAUCUGGUUCAUCGUGCCCAUCUCCAUUGUGAUCUGCAAUGACAUCGGCGCCUACCUGUUUGGCUUCUUCUUUGGACGCACGCCGCUCAUCAAGCUCUCACCCAAGAAGACCUGGGAGGGCUUUAUCGGCGGUUACUUCUCCACCGUGAUCUUUGGAUUCGUUUUGUCGUCGCUGCUGUCCCAGUUCCAGUACUUUGUGUGUCCGGUGGGCCUGAGUAGCGAGAGUGGCAGCUUGUUCACGGUGGAAUGCGAGCCGUCCGACUUGUUUGUGCUGCGGCGGUACAACCUGCCGGCGCUGGUCCGCAGUGUGCUGCCGUGGGAAACCGUGACGCUGUACCCGUUCCAGAUCCACAGCAUUUUCUUGUCGUCAUUUGCGUCGCUCAUCGGCCCUUUCGGCGGAUUUUUCGCCAGUGGCUUCAAGCGAGCCUUCAAGAUCAAAGAUUUUGCCAGCACCAUCCCGGGACACGGAGGGAUCAUGGACCGUUUCGACUGUCAGUACCUGAUGGCUACCUUCACCCACGUCUACAUAGCCAGCUUCAUCAGGGGUCCCAAUCCCAGCAAAGUCCUGCAGCAGCUGCUCAUGCUGCAGCCGGAACAGCAACUUAGCAUCUUCAACACACUGACCUCGCACCUGAAGGACCGAGGGCUGCUGCCCCCCGCGGCAUGAAGGCGGCUCGACGGGAAACCGUGUGCGUGAUGGCGCAACUACUGUAUGUACACAACAACACAUGAAGCGUGUCGUAUCCUGACAAUUCUUUAUCCGACUUGAAACCUGCACUAGCUUUAAGUUAAAAAAGAAAAAAGGUUGUCAAAAAAAAAAAAAAAAAAAAAGUGUUUCAUCGGUUUUGGAGCAUUGCAUCCGACCACCAUAUUUGAUCAGAAAGUGGUCAAAGCCCACGUUGCACUGACGCGCCAAUAAUGAGUCAUCGGUUAGCGGCCUAGCACAUGUGCUAACCGGCGACUGUUCACUUUAGCCCCACGCUUGUCAAGUCACCAAACGUAAUGCUAGAUGCUAACGUACAUAAAGAAAUGUCGAGCUAAUAUAUACCUAUCGAUAAUAUCAGCAAAAAGUAAAAAUACAAAUCAAACAGAUCUUUGUAGUUAGCGAGCAUGGACAGACACAUUUCGUAGAUUUGAAUAUUUAGAUCAUGAAAAAAAUCUUUUUAUAUUUCCCGAGUAGUUAGACGACGGCAUCAACGUACAUAAAGUUAACAUGUAACUUUAGAUGCAAUAAUAACCAGCAUGCUCUGCAUAGGGUGGGAACAUGCUAGCAACUAGCACAGAUGCUAAGAGUAUAUAGAUAGAUAGUUUCAUAGCAAAAAAAGUAGUUUUAUUUAUGAGUAAAGUGACGGGGAGCAUUCAAUUCAUGAAGCCUCCUAAACUUUAGAUACAAUAAUGUCAAGUUUCUUAUGCUAAGAAGUUUGCAUUUUCUUGGCAGUCACUAGUGUGUAGCGCUAGCUCAUUCAGCUAACAAUAUUUGAGCAUGUGUGUGGUGUAAGCAUAGUUCAGCUGCUAACUGCUAAACUCCCCAGUUUGCAUUAUUGUACGACUACUACUACAACUACUACUGAGGUUGAAGAAGCACUAAAAUAUUCCUAAUGCUAACAAGGGCAGCCACACUGAACAGCAAAAAUUUGCUAACUACUUGCAGACGUAAUGAGAGAAAACUCAAAUUAGACUAUUUUUUAAAACUGGAAACAGUCGUUCAUGUUACCUUUGUUAACAACGCUCUUGCUAACCACUGAACAAGGCUUGUGGCUUGUAGUACUGCUUUGCUCCACAGGUAAUGACUUGCUAAACUAAAAGGUGCUUUUUUUGUUUUGUUUUGGAUGUUAAGGAAGUUGACAUUUUCUUGGCCGCUAGUUUGUUCAGUUAAAGGCUAGCCUGGCUGCUAACCUCUAAACGGCUAACCAGUUAGCAUUGUACUACUGAAGAAGCACUAAAAUGUCCCUACCCGCAAACGUCGAGAGCCGCACUGAGCCCCACUUUUUUAAAGGCUUUUAUUGCGUGAAAUUAAAUAUUUUAAUGAUGUUUUUGAAUGUAGUUUGCAAUGAAGGCUUUUGCAGAUGAUAUUUUGUGCAAAUUUACUCCAAAUGUUGGUGCGAUUCUUGGGGGGCAGGAAGAAGAGGUUUACCAAAGCGUUUUGUUUUCUGUUGUAGUUUUGUUUCGUUUUUUUCCUCUCUUAACUUCGUGCUGCUUUUUUUUUCUGGGUGGACUGAGUCCAGGACAUUUAUUUUAAAAAGUGCUACUGGGACCAGAUGAGGGGCUUUUAUUGUGAAACUCACCACUUCCUGUCACAGCUGCCCACUGAGUUGAUUUUGAAUAUGUUGACGUUCAUAUUCAUCAGAGCAUGCUUUACGGACCGAAAUAUUAAGCCCAAAACAACAAGAUGUGACAGUAAAGAAAUGAGACCCAAAUUAGUCUUUGAAAUAUUAGGCCCAAAACAACAAGGUGUGACAGUAAAGAAACAAGACUCCCAACUUGACGCCAAUUAACUGAUACAGCUUUGUUCACUUAAUGUGCUCUGCACUGGUUGUUUUCGACAAACAAACAGACAAACAAAACCGGGCUACCAAAUAGCAUCCGUUUGAUAGCCCUUUAAGCAACAGAUACUUGAACACAAAUGGAUGGCGCAAACACUUGUAGACAGAUUAUAUAAAAAAUAUUCCAAUCAUUUAUUCUUUAUCCUCUGUGAAGAACGGCGAACGAUACUGUAGCUUACAAAGGAGUUGGUACUAUCACCACGUCCAUCGGUAUGUUUGUACUCUUCUUCCACCAGGUGGCCAAGGCGCAUAUAAUAUGCACCGCACAAUAUUCGAAAAAUUGCACCGAAACCGAAAAGUAACUCUUUAAAUUGUCAUUCCUAUAUGUUUUAUGAAGUACAUGACACUGUGACAUAAGCAGUCAGCCAAUAGACAUCGAGUUAGUCUCGUGUUUCUUGUCACAACUUACGCAAAUAACUUGACAGAAAAUUGACAAUCGGCUCUGGAAUCUUUUUUUUUUGUUUCCGAGUUUGGGAAGCCCUAUAGAGUUUAUUUUAAAAAGGUGAAAAGCUCCAUUUUGAUUGUCCCCUUGACAGACUCGCACGUUCAAAAUCAAUCAGGAUUGGCCAUGACAUCAAUGAGUGUGCCACUUAAUUUUUUUCUGUCAAUCCCACCCCCAUCCCCUCUUUGGGUUGUGUAAAUUCUUCCAUCAGAGAAAAUAAUUUUUGAAAAAAAAAA